UGUUGGGGCUGACCAUGUUGCUCAGAAGAAUCUGGAGAGAAAUGGUUCUCCGACAGAAGGUAUUGAGCAGCCUCAGAGAGAUAAAGAGAUGGAGACGUCCUCCCCUCUAGAAUCAGCAGGACCGCAGCCUCAUGAGACAUCUGGACUUCACGAAAAAGAGGACAAAGAAAAAUGGUCGUUGCGAGCGCAGUGUGGUGCAGCGGUAGAGAAGGCUCUUAGGACAGGCAAAGCUGUUCCUGAUCAACUUCUGGUUGACAUUAUAGUGGAUGCUAUCAGGAACAUCCCUGCUGAUAGUGGCUGGAUCCUUGACGGGUUCCCAGUGGACAUCACUCAGGCUCAGAUGCUGGAGAAAGCUCUGAACGGGACAGAACCUGAUGAGACUGAGACAAAAACACAAAGCAACUUAUCCACAGACAAAAACACGCCUAAAGAUCCAUGUCCUCCAUCUCCUGCACUGGACGUAGUGGUGCUGUUAGACAUUUCAGAUGAGCAGGUUCUGGAGCGAGGCGCUCACCAGGCUGUGGACAGAGAGAGCGGAGAGCAGGAGAAAGAAGGCAGCGAUGAUCCAGACGAAAAGACCAGUGUGACAGAUUUGGACACACAAGAUCCAGCAUCCUUGUCUGAUGACAAAAGCCUGGGGAUGAAACAGAUACAGCACAGAAUCAGUGGGUUCCAUGACACAUGGCCAAAACUGGAGAAAUGGUUUGGUAACCGGCAGAAUAUUCUUGUGAAAGUCACAGCAGAUGUAGAUGAGGAAACUCUCUUUAAAAACGUGGAGGUGGUUCUGAUGGACACUAUGGACUCUGUUGAAAAAGAAGUAGCUCUGGUUCACUCCAGGAAAAUGUCUACAUCCUCCUCACCUGAACACACCCGUCCAGAAAGUGCCAGCUCUGCUAAGUCUUCACCAGCGACCCCAAAAUCUGUUGGAAGGGUCUACGUGGAGGAACCCUUACCCAAGGAGAUCUCAGAGUAUCUUGUUCCGUACUGGGAGAACGUCUGUAAUUCAUAUGUGACUAACGUCAAAACAGUGAUGCAGAACCUCCGCGGUGAACGUGAGCUCAUCAUUCACCACCUCUACAACAUCCGGGAGAACUUCAGGCAGUACCUACAGAAGCCAGAUCUGAAGCAGGAGUUUGUAAGCGUGUGGCAGCGUGAUUAUAACAGCGUUCCUGACAACGUCAGAGAGGACGAGGAGACUAAAGGAGAGCUCCAUCAGAGGCUGGAUGACUUGCGUGAGCGUCUGUGGGACAUCUGUGAUAAGCGCAAGGAAGAGGCGGAGCAGGAGAGAGCAGGUGUCAUUGAUGAUGGCUGGUUAGACGAUCACACUGCUGUACUAAUCAACCAUUAUUCUGCGUUAAUGCAGAUUGAAGUGGGCCGCUUUCAAGACUCCCUAUGUCUGCUAAGAGAUUACUAUUCAGCGAUGUGUAAAACUGCGUUUCCUGAAUCCGCGCGUGGCUUCACUCGCAUCCCAUUGCUUGACAUCACUGCAGAUGAGCACGAGCAAGAGGAGUCAGAAAUCUCUGGCCCUGCGCUGUUAGAAAAACCUGCAAAGAGUGCUGAAGAAAAAGUGUUGGCAGAGACGCAGCAGCGAGAAGAAGAGGAAGGUGAUGAAGAACAGAAGCCAAUGGAGACACAGAGAGUGCAGACUUCAAACUCUGCUACGGACAAUAAGAAAGCAGGGAAAAAGAAAGGUGCUCCCACUCCUCCUCAGGAGCCCAGUCCUCUGCCCACAGUGGUGAAGAACCCUGAGGAGAUCAAGAGGAGGGCAGAGAGGAAGAGAAUCAAACAGGAGUUCACAGCCGCACUGAAACGUGAAGAACAUGCGGUGAAGCUGCGUCUGGAGCUGGUGAAGGCUCAUGCGCUGAGAACCGUGAGCAGUCUUCAGCAGAGAGCCGAGCAGGGCUACAGGAACAUGGAGGAGUGGCUGCGAGCUCGCUUCCUGUCUGAGAUGAACAGUAUCGACCAGCUGACAGAGUUUGUGCGGAAGCACAUUGAGAAUGGAGUUCAGAUCCAUCAUGAGCUCGUUCUGCAGAGCGCUGAUUUCUGUGUGGAUGGAGACACACGUGUCGUGGCGAGUCCAGCAUCCGCUCCACGCCGAUCCCUGCUGGAGAAGCCCAAGAACAGCACUCUCACAGUCCAACAGCUGGACAUCCUCUGUGCUCAGCUGCACAAGACCGCCCCAACUGGUCUGCUGUGCAGUAAUGAGUUGACUGAAGUUCUGCAUGAAUUAACCUCUCCUCACAUGGGUAGUGACGUCUUACCUGAGCCCUGGAUGCACAUCACUCCCUCACAGGUUGAAGAGCUGGUGUGUGUGUUAGCUCAGGACUCAGAGAUGCUGGAUUGGCGUCAGUUUCUGCUCAGUGCUGCUCUGCCGUGGCCGUUUCCCUCUCAGAUUCAGCUGUUAAAAACCCUCCAGCGCUUCAGAGCCGUCGACACUGCAGGAACUGGACUCAUCACACAACAACAAUACACACAGGUUGAAUUGUGGUUUCCCAGUGAAAGAGAUCUUCCUGUUCCGGAUGACCCAUCUGAACCUCUGCCCUACAACAGACUAGCCAACCUUAAGAAGUUUUUCUUCAGUCUGUUUGCGAGCUCACACUCAUCCCCGCUGAUGCUGGACUAUCUGAGAAUGCUGCUGUAUUUCUGCUGCCAUCCUGAACCAUCUCAGGGCUUCACCAGAGCGCUGGGCCUCGUGAUCGGACACACACUGCACUACAAACACACCAGCCCCCUUACAAAGUCUGUGCCGUAUAUGGAGGGCGCUGGAGUUGAGGAGUGUGACGCUGCUGAUGAAGAGGAGAGAGGGGUGGAGUCUGAUGAAGUGGGCGUGUCAGUUGAUGAUGUGCUCAGAGUUCUGAGUCGUGGAGAUGAUCACGUCUCUUCACAUCUGAACCGCUUCCAGCCGAACCGCAGGAGCAGAGAUGAAUUCAGAGAGGAGCUGCUGAAGGUGUUUAUGGAGUUUGGUUUUAAGGGUGAGGAGAAGAUUGCUUUCUCCACACUUUCCCAGCAUCCCUUUCUGCAGGAUCUAAUGGAAGGAUCCUCACAGUACCUGCUUCCUGACAUUCACAGAAUUUUCCAGACCCAACAAACUGAAGAUCCUCAAAGCUUCUCGACAUGAUCAACACACACCAACACAUGAAUCACACAAGGUACAUUCUAAUGCUAAAUUCAUCAUGAAAGCAUGAAGAACAGUGAUCUGCUGAAAUUACCCUUUAACAAACUCUAAAUGUUCUAAAUGUAUUUACUGUAGUG